ACACACGUGGGUCGCUUCGCUUCCGCACACCAACGACAAAGCCGCAAAGCGAGCUAGAGUUUAGGUAUGGCGGCGAGGCUGGUGGUGGUGUGUACGUCGUUGUCGGUCCUACUGCUGGGCUCCGUGGCCGUCGACAAGAACAACUUCAAGACGUGCAGCCCAGAGCUCUUUCUGCAGUCGGAACCGCAAGCAGUCCGCGGGAGAGACGCCCUACAGAGUGGACCCGUCCUCAGUGAGGAAUCUGGAGGAAUUCGGCUGCCAGAUGGAGGUGGUGUCAUCGCUCACAGACAAGAGGCUCACGAUGGACGUCACGGCUCUGGAGGGGAACAUGUUUCGUAUCCGUAUCGAUGAGAAGGACCCGCUGCAGCCCCGCUACCGAGUGGAGG